AGCCAGCUUUAACCUUAACACACAUUCACUGUUCACGCCAUGAUUUGAGGCUGCAAAAGGAAAAGGGUGGCGAUAGGAAGAGAGAGAGUCUAAGCGAGGGGAGCUGAAGUGGGAGCUGCCUCAGAUUGUCCAAAGGGGCAGCAUUUCUCCAUCUAGUUCCGGUUGCUCUGUCUGCGUUGCAUGCCAUUCGGAACGGCAACAAUAGGUUGCCACCAUUGAGAGAGGGGACUAUUUUUUCAAACAGACUGACUCUUUUUAAUGCUAGAUAAACAUGAGCUCGUAUUUUGUUAAUCCACUUUUUUCCAAAUACAAAGGCGGGGAAACACUAGAGCCAACUUACUACGACUGCAGGUUUCCACAGAGUGUUGCCCGAAGCCACACGCUUGUGUACGGACAUGGAGCAGCUGCGCCGGGGUUUCAACACCCGUCGCAUCACGUACAGGACUUUUUCCAUCAUGGAACCACAGGUAUCUCCAACCCUGGUUAUCAACAGAACCCAUGUGCAUUGGCAUGUCACGGAGACGCAACGAAAUUUUAUGGAUAUGAAGCCCUUCCGAGGCAACCGCUUUAUGGUACCCAGCAAGAGGCGAGCUUAGCGCAAUACCCAGACUGUAAAUCAUCCAGUAGCACUAACCCUGGAGAAGGACAAGGCCACUUAAGUCAAAACUCCUCUCCGAGCCUCAUGUUCCCAUGGAUGCGGCCUCACGCUCCUGGGAGACGCAAUGGAAGACAGACAUACAGCCGUUACCAGACUCUUGAGCUGGAGAAAGAGUUCCUCUUCAACCCAUAUCUCACCCGCAAGCGCCGUAUUGAGGUGUCCCAUGCACUGAGCUUAACUGAAAGGCAGGUGAAGAUUUGGUUUCAGAAUCGCCGAAUGAAGUGGAAAAAAGAAAAUAACAAAGACAAAUUUCCGGGCCAGAGGGGAGAGACUGAGGCGGAGGCCGAAGAAGAAGGCAACGAAGACGGCGAGGUGGAGGAAGGAGAAGAAAAGGAAACGGAAGAGAAAGAGGAAAGCAAAGAGUGAUUUUAUGGUAUUUUUUAUGGUUAUAUGGCAGAUAUUGAAGAGGUCUCGCGAAUGGGCAAUGAAACAGAAGACAAAAAGUGAGAAAAUCCCCCUCCAUACAAAAGUACCCUAAAACCUGCCCAAAGAGGAAAAAGGCGCUUUUUCUAACCAACACAAGAGGACUUUUACCAUUAGCCAAAAGUUGAUGUGUAUUUGACAAAUUACUCAAAGUGGUCGUCUACCAGAAACACAAUAACCCAUCAUUUUAUUUAGGGAAAUGUAAGCAGCAUGAUUAACAUCCAACUGCGUUUAACAUUUAUUCCAUACUUGAUAUGUCUGGGGAAUAAAAGUGACUAAUUGUUACGAGAUGCAACCAAUUGAAAUAAUGAAAUAAUUAUAUCAGCUUGUCACAAAAAUGUUGGUCUUGUAUAUAUAAAAGUAAAGCCACAACAUGCUGGUAUUGGAAAACAUAUUGACAGAAGGAUAGACUGUUUAUUUGGUGUAAUAUAAUUUCAGAAAUCCGAAUAUGGCAAUACUGCAUUAAUGCCACUGUACUGAGAAAGGCGACGUCAAGUGUAGAAAAUGCAUUCUGUAUUUCACAUACUUUAUCGAUUACUUAACUGUUCUUUGUUGUUCUGUGUGAGUAGGUGAGGUUACAAUUUGUAUUUUAUUUUUUUUUAUCAUUUUAUUGGACUUACCAGAGAUUGCAAUCGUUUGAAAAUCUCGAGAGAAGCUACCUAAUCAUGGGAAAUUUGCAAUAUACAUUUCUACCUAGAUUUUUCAUAGACUCUUUUUUAGUGUAUUAAACCUAAGUUAUGUAAUUUACCCUUUAACCACUUACUAUUAUCAAGCUUUUUGAAGUCUUAGAAAGACACAAUUUGCUCAAAGCCAAUUUAACAAUUCUAAGAGAUUGUUUCACGGCACUACCUAAAACAAAGCCUUGCUGGCAAGAAUGAAUUGCUAGUUUAUUCUACAUGCUACGGCAUUGCUUUGUAAUAAAUAUUUAGACAUUUCCCCCAACAACUUAAACUGCCUAUAGAAAUGCACAUUCAUGUGUAGAUGAUCAAAUACAUUAAUUACUACCCUACAUUAUAAGGGGAAAACGUCAUUUUAUCGUGCUAGUGUGAUAGCGUAGACUUUGAAUUGCACUGAGUAGGCUAUAAUCUUCUUGUACGUCCUGUAAUAUAUUGCUGUUAUCAGUAUGCUCGUUUUACUGGUGUUCCUCGUGUGAAUAUAGAAAUUCGUGUGUCCAAGCCAUUGUUGUUGUUGAAAUCAACAGAAGAAUAAACAAGAUGGCUCAUUCUCUCACGUCUCAUUUUUGCUUGAUUCCACUUGUUGACAAAACAUCGAAGUCGCAAAAUAUCCAAAACAGCUUCUUUCUCCAGCAUCCACAAUGAGGAAAUUUAGAUGGUAGGGCCUAUGGUAUUGUUGUAUAGACAAUAUUACAAAUCUGUGUGAUGUCUGAAAUGGUUAAAUAAAAUAAUCAUACGUACAGCACUAUGAUCUGUUUUAUAAUUGAAAAAGAUGUUGGACUUGAAUAUAUGUGCAAAUGGAUGCCCUUAUCACUCAACAAAAUGUGUCCUCACAUCGUUAAAAGAAAGAAAAAAUAAUGCAACUCAAUCUCUGGUGCUCGGCGUACAGCUAGUACAGUUUUCUUUGUUGUCAAUGUCAUUAGAGAUUUAAUGGGUUGAUUCUCUGACUUGAUUCUCAGUGAUAAGGACAAGUAUCAUUAUCUGUCCAAGCUAAAUUGUGUGAUAAAUAAGUUCUAUAUUGUGCAAAUAAAUUAAUAUCAUGCUUUUAUCUGUUGUUUUAUUGUC